UAUCUCACAUUUAAUGACUAUAUAGUUGGAACUUAAUUUGACUUGUGUCGUCGAAUCAGUUAGUUGUGAAUCGCUUGCAAUAAUGAAGCUGAAAUUAUUCGUGGUCUACUGUAUUUUACAGUCAAUUCACGGUUUUGAUACCUCUGAGGAAUUAUUUACUAAAAAGCUUAAUAUUUCAACAGACGAUCCUUUCAAAUCGGCCGUGCUUUAUAUUGUCGGUGGCCAUAAUGCAUCGAUACAUCCAUUCCAAUGCUCAAUACAAUCUAAUCGAAAGCAUUAUUGCGGCUGUGCUGUGAUUAAUUCAAAGUUUGUCUUAACUGCCACCCAUUGCUUCGAGGAUCAUUCUCCAGAAAGUUCUACCAUUUUGGUUGGAACAAAUGAUUUGAAUCGUGGUGGAAUGCGCUACGAAAUUGAAAAACUAAUACCGUAUGAGGAUACCGAAGAAAAUCCUAAUGACAUUGCUCUUGUGAAAGUAAAGGUACCGAUUCAAUUCAACGAAAAUGUUCUUCCAAUUGAACUGGAUGAUAAAGAGGUUCCAGAUAACGCCGUAGUGCAACUUACUGGAUGGGGGAGAAUGCAGGCUAGAGGUACUACACCCAAUAAAUUACAAGGUGUUGAUUUAACUGUUCUGGCUUUCGAUGAAUGUAAAAAAACGGUCGUGGGCGAUGUUCUAAUUGACGGCCAUAUGUGCACAAAGGGUGUAAUGGGAAUAGGAGCAUGCAAAGGCGAUUCGGGAGGUCCACUCACUUAUGGUAAAAAACUUGUUGGAAUCGUGAGCUUUGGAAUUCCAUGCGGAAUUGGAAACCCCGAUGUGUACUCUAAAGUUUCCUAUUAUUUUGAUUGGAUUAAGAAAAACUCGCAAACCUAACCACACCACAGCAACAUCUCAUUCAGUUCUUGGAACGGAAGAAAUAAAUUAUUUAUGAAACUAUAUCCUUACAUCUGAUUGCUGCACCAAAUUCAUCUUUUGCCUAUGUUGUCUUGUGUUCAUCUUAGAUCAAUAAAAUCGGUAAUACAACUAAGAUGUUCGUUUUUCUUUUUGGAAGUACCUAUAAGCUUUCAUGGCGCGCCUGAUAAACCCGAUAAAGUUAAAUG